GGGGCGAAUGGAAGAAGAAAAAAACACUCUACAAAAAUAGAAAUAUUUACAUUCCAAACAGUUUUUUUUCGGUUCUUGCUCUUAGCCGAAGUUAAUUGGAGGGAACUGCGAGAUUGGAGGAGCAGAUUUGAAGACUGACGCAGGAAAAGGCCAUUUUUAGGCCUAGAAAUUCAGGGUUCCUUAAAAUUGCUCGUCCACAAGAAAAGAGUCAAGACUUCUGGUACUUAACUAGAUCCAAGCUCGAGUUCGUCAUGGAGGCAUUUCAAAAAGAGUUGAGCGACAUCAAAGGAAAGCUGACAGGGUUUGACGAGAAGCUAGUGGGGUUCGAUGAGAAACUAACUGGGUUCGAUGAGAUGAAAAGCCAGCUCAACACAAUAUUGAGCAUAUUGUCAAGAAAAGGGAAGGAGGUUGCAAUGAACGAGGAAGAAAUCGUAUUUGAUGACGACGAUCACUAUGAGCAACCUCAGGGAAACGUCUCGGGUAGUAAAUUCAUCCUCAUACCUUCGAAGAACACAGGCGACAAAGGUGACAUUGGGUCAUCAAAGCAUGACAAAUCCGGAGAACCCGAGAAGCAAGAGGAACAUAAAAUCGAAGCUAUGCUAGAAGAAAAAUUAGAACACAUGAAUGAACGAAUAAGAAGCAUAGAAGGAGUUGAAUCGUAC